ACGAUAAGAUUACACGUAAAUGAAAAACAUAGUCAGUAACACCAGUAACAAAAGUUGGAAUGUAAAUAAAUUCCAAAAAUGGAUGCCUUGUCCGAAGGUGCAAACAAGUCAUCCUGGCUUAGCAUAUUUCUACCCUUUAGACGAGCUGAUUGUAGCAAGAAAAUGGGACGCCUUACACUCCGCGAUCGGCAAAAACUACGUUUGUUACACAAUCUUUAAUAACGUAGGCGAAAAGGUGUUUUUGGCUGUUCAAGAUAAAAAGUGUCAGAAGUUUGACGUAAAAAUUUUCAACUUUUACGGGAACGAGUUAAUACACGUGAAAAAACCUUUCAAAUGUUGCGUACAUAAGGCUUCUGUGUGGGUACCUCCUGGGAACUAUAUAGGAUCAAUCAAGAAAGUUGGUUGUUUAUUCUUGGUUCAAAAUGCAUUGGGGGAACCACUUUUGAAGAUAAAAGCACAAGGGCUUUGUCAUUACGUGUACGAUAUUUUGGAUGGCGAUAAAGUGAUUGGCGUUGUGAAGUGGAAAAUGGCAUUUUUGGAUGAGAAGAAUUUCGGCCUGGCAUUCCCUGUUGAUAUGGAUGUGUCAGAUAAAGCAGCUUUGCUGGGGGCUAGCUUCUUGAUUGGAUACUUGAAAUAUAAUAUUUGAUCUUUCUGACUUUUCUAUUUUUAAUAAGUAGGGACAUCACCCUUCUGGUGUGUGAAGCUCGUAAUCGUGGAUUAAAUAUUGUACAAAGCU